UGCAAUUAAACUGUUUGAGGCAAAUAGGGCAGCUAGUAUGGAUUGUAAUGUUCUCUGGAAUGGUGACUAUGGCUAUGAGGUGAAGGAGGGAGAUGACAAGCACAUAGUAUUUAUAGAUACUAAGAAGUGCAGUUGUAGGAUGUGGGAUUUGAGUGGCAUCCCAUGCCCUCAUGCCAUAGCUGCCUUUCACUCAAGUCAGUUGGACCCUAUGUCUGUGAUAAGUAAAUGGUACCAUAGCUCGAUGUAUAGGAAAGCUUAUGAGAAUGCUAUACAGCCAAUACCUGGGAAGAAACUUUGGGAUUAUCAGUUUAAAGAUUGCAUUGAAGCUCCACCAGUUGAGAAGAAGAUAGGGAGGCCCAAGAAGAACAGGGUAAGAGCUCCAAAUGAGCCCAGAUUGAAACACAAAUUGUCAAGGAUUGGUAAAACACAACACUGCAGCAUUUGUGGAAGUGCAACCCACAAGAAACAUAACUGCCCUAACAGGCCUACACAGGCUUCAACAUCCACAAACAUUGGCAAGAAGCAGAAAGGUCAAGUUAGGGGAAUUGGUCUAUAUGUCAAGAUGGAUACAGGAAAGCAGAUUCUAAAUCUUGGAGGAUCACAAUCAAUUGUGAUCAAUGAAGGCUCACAAAAUGAAGCAGAUCCAAUGACAAGGUUCCCAAUACCAAACGAAACAGAGAUAAAGAAGCAAAAGAGAAAGAGAGGUGAAGGCAGCUCCACUGGAGACACAGUGCAGGGAAAGAAACAACCAAGAAAACCAUUCAAAGCUCCAAGAGUGCAGACAGUGGCUGUGGAGCAACAACAAGUCCUCAGAAGGAGUCCAAGAGGAAAGAAUGUUAUCUCAACUAUUGGCUCAACAACCACUAGUUGAGCUACCAUUUAGAAUUUGUGUAUUGACAGAGCUUUGGGUUGUUUUCUUUUGUUUGUUUUUGGAAUUCAGCUAGACAAUGAGCUUCCAUAUUAUGUUUUUGUUUCAAACUCACAGCUUAUGACUAUGGCUUGAAUUUGUUGGGAAUGA